UCGGACUAAGAAGCCGGCGAGCAAGAAGCCAACUUCAAGUCUCCUCCGAGCUCAGGGCAGAGUUGAUCAUGGAGAUCCCCCUGUUCACCGUGGACUCGUUUGCCCGUUCACCGUUCGAGGGCAAUCCAGCAGCAAUUUGUCUGUUAGAGAAUCCGCUGCAAGAAGAGCUCUAUCAGAAGAUUGCAGCCGAGAUGAACUUAUCAGAGACGGCCUUCAUCACAAAGCUGAAAGCUACAGACGACUUUUGUUCAGGAGCACGAUUCAGCUUGCGCUGGUUCACUCCCAUACAUGAGAUUGCUCUUUGUGGCCAUGCAACACUGGCUUCCUCCGCCGUGCUCUUUUACAAGAAAGAAAACGUCAACCCUGUGGUGGUGUUUGAGACACUGAGCGGAGAGCUGCGGGUCGGUCAGCGAGGGGAAUUUGUAGUGAUGGACUUUCCACUCAACACGCCUGAGGCUCAGGAUCACAGUGAAUACAAGGACCUCUUUAAGGCUGCUGUGGGAGAUCUGCCGGUUCAGGAUGUCUGCCUCUGUAAAACCACAAAGAACCUGCUAGUGCGUCUCGCUGACUCAUGUGACAGGUCAGCUUUAACAUCGCUGAAGCCAGAGGCCGAGAGGCUGCUGAGACAUGAAAACGGAAGCAAGAUAAAAGGCAUGAUUAUCACAAUUAAGGGAGAAUCCACUCCCCAGGUGACAUAUGACUUCUUCUCCCGCUACUUUUCUCCUUGGCAUGGGGUCCUUGAAGAUCCAGUUUGUGGCUCUGCACAUACAGUCCUGGCUGGCUACUGGUCUGAGAAACUGGGAAAGAAGAAAAUGUUGGCUUACCAGUGCUCCAGACGUGGGGGUGAGCUGGAGCUGGAACUGAGGGAUGACGGCAGAGUGAAUAUCGUUGGUAGAGCAGUGGUCCUCCUUCAAGGAACCCUUAAGCUUUAAGAGAAGCAGCUUCUCAAAAGGCUCACUGAUGCUGCACCCGCGACCCGAACCCCGGAGAAGCGGAAGAUGAUGGAUGAUGGACUUAUUUUUGGGCUGAGGCUGCUUUUCAUCUGUGGUGCAAAUCAAGUGUUUCUAACAGCACUAGUCAAAUAGGUGUGCAAACUAAUCUGAAGAACUUGCGUGGUGUGCUGUGAGAAUAUUGUUUUGGUGAGUCGUCUUUGGCCACAGCUUUUCAGGACUACAAAGCUAAUUAUUUAAAUAGCUGCUUUAUUACACAAACAAAAUAUCACAAUAUUAUUUACAUAUAAAAAGUUAAGAUACAUUUCUCAGUAAAAAAAAGCUGUAAAAAAAUUCACUCUCUUAAUAAAGACAUGAGUGUAGACCACUUUGUAAAAUGAGGUAGGAAAUACAUCCAGCAUACAAGUCAUUAUCCAGCAUACAUGUGAAGUAUUAAUGAACAUAGCCUUCCUUCA